AUGGGUGCUUGUUUUCGUAAUAAUUCUGGUGAGUUUAUGGCUGGAAUUACGCAGUGGCAGCAACUGACUUUAUCAACAGAGGAGGGUGAAGCAUGGGCACUUUUGCAAGCUAUGAAUGAAGCUAAGAGUAGAGAGGAAAUUGUAAGUGAGGUUGUGCAAAACUAUUACCAAAAUGAUGUAACUAUUGUUGGUGCCUUGAUUCGUUUGCACUAUCAUGAUUGCAUUUCCAAUGGCUGUGACGCUUCGAUUCUAAUAGAUUCAAAAGAAAAUAGAAAAUCAGAGAAAGAAGCAAGACCAAACCUAACACUUCGAGGAUUUAACCUAAUUGACGACAUCAAGAGUGCCUUAGAACAACAAUGCCCCGAAACCGUUUCGUGUGCGGAUAUCAUAACAAUGGCCACAAGGGAAGCAAUUGCAUUAGCAAAUGGACCAAGAUACCAUGUCUUAACAGGAAGAAGAGAUGGGUUAGUAUCAAAUGCCUUAAAUGUGACCAUUCCUGGAACAUUACUUAAUGUGCCACAAGCUCUAAAAAAAUUUAACUCAAAAGGGUUAACAUUAGAAGACAUGGUGACCCUUAUUGGAGCACACACUAUUGGAUUUUCUAAAUGCAAUUUUUUUCAAAAUAGGCUAUCAAGUUUUAGGUCAGGAAGAAUUGACCCUACAAUGGAUCCUAAUUUAAAUGCUUAUUUGGUUAAACAGUGUGGAUCAAUAUUUAACCCUUCAGGGAAUCAUACUUCAGUGUUUUUGGAUGUAGAAACACCUUUUGAUUUUGACAAUAAAUUUUACAAACAAAUUAUUAAUAAGAGAGGGAUACUUAAAAUUGAUCAACAACUUGCUUUGGAUCCUCUUUCUAGAAAAUUGGUUAGGAAUUUUGCAAGUGGUAAUUUUAACUUUUGGGAUAGAUUUGGAGUUUCUUGGAAUAAGCUUGGAAGAAUUGAUGUUUUGGUUGGUAAUGAAGGUGAAAUCAGAAGAAAUUGCAGGGCUUUCAAUAAAGAUAUUUGA